AUGCUUACCGUUAUUCUUGUCAUCGUCGAUGCAUACGGGCAACAUCACUUUGCUAGGGCACUGUUGGAUUCUGCAUCCCAGCCCAAUCUGCUCACUGAGCGCAUGGCGCAACUUCUCAAGCUUAAACGUAAAAGGGUAAAGGUGCAACUUCAAGGUCCUGGCGGAAUAGGCAUUCGCGCCAAGGACACGGUCACAACACAAAUUCGUUCGCGCAAGGAAUCUUUUGCUCUUGAUGUUGAGUUUCUCAUUCUACCACAGGUUACUGCUGACUUACCUGAGAGGAACAUAUCCAUUGCUGACUGGAAUAUUCCCAAGGAUCUUUUCUUGGCUGAUCCUACAUUUUACGAACGAGGUCCAAUCGACAUGAUUAUUGGUUUACCACACUUCUUUGACUGUUUUAGAUCACCAGCACGAAUUCGCAUUGCAAGGGACCCUCCCGAGAUGGUGGACAGUGUCUUUGGAUGGAUUGUGGCUGGAUCUGGUGUUUUGAUUUCUGCUUCCCCGGAAACCGUGCAGUGCAACGUGACUGCUAUUUGUCUUACCACACUCGAAGAAAGUUUGGAACGGUUCUGGAAAGUGGAGGAAUUACCUUCGCGCGAUGAUUACUCGGCGGAGGAACGCGAAUGUGAAAAUUUAUACACGUCGACCGUGACAAGAGAUCACAGCGGGCGCUACAUAGUUCGUCUACCACGGCAUCCUGAAUUCGAUAGCAUGUUGGGCGAAUCCAAAGCUGCUGCACUGCGAAGAUUUAAGCUGUUGGAGCAGAGAUUAGAACGCGAAGCGGAAAUGAAGGAGGAGUACCAUCGAUUCAUGCGUGAGUACAUUUCACUUGGUCAUAUGCGAUUGCUCGGUAUGAACCAGCACCCCUCCGGCAAUUUUUAUCUUCCUCACCACCCCGUCGUAAAGGAAUCCAGCACCACGACAAAGGUGCGUGUAGUCUUCGAUGGUUCAGCAAAAUCUACUACUGGAGUAUCGUUGAACGAGGCACUUCUCACUGGACCGGUUGUGCAGGAAGACUUACUGUCAAUUGUCCUCCGAUUUCGGAAAUUUCCUGUGGCACUAGUGGCUGACAUCGAGAAAAUGUACCGGCAAGUUCUAAUUCACCCUGAAGAUACACCUUACCAACGCAUCCUGUGGCGAUUUAACGAGUCUGACCCAAUACAAACCUACGAGUUACUAACCGUCACUUACGGUUUAGCGCCAUCUUCUUUCCUGGCUACGAGAACACUCCAGCAGCUGGCCGACGACGAAGGGAUUGCGUACCCGCUGGCUGAUCCUAUAUUACGCAAGAAUUUUUAUGUAGAUGAUUGCCUCGGAGGCGCGCAAUCAGUUGAUGAAGCCUUGCAGCUGCGACACGAAUUGACCGAACUGUUGAGCAAAGGCGGACUUACCUUACGAAAGUGGACAUCGAACAAACUAGAGGUACUGCAGGGACUGUCAUCAGAACAAAUUGGAACGCAAUCAUCAUUUGUAUUUACACCGCAUGAAUCUGUAAAGGCUCUGGGAAUCGGCUGGGGGCCUGAGACAGAUGAGCUACGAUUCGAAUCGAAAAUUCUUUUCGAUCCGCUAGUAUUAAUUGCCCCUGUGGUCAUUCGGGGUAAAAUGUUUAUGCAGGAGUUGUGGUUGGCCCACUGCGAUUGGGAUCAACCUGUGCCGAACGCUAUACAAGAAAAAUGGAAAACCUAUCAUCAUGACCUAGCCGGCAUAGCAGAAUACCGCAUCGACCGUUAUGCAUUUCUACCCAAUGCGAAAGUUCAGCUACACACCUUUUCGGAUGCAUCUGAAAGUGCCUACGGAGCUUGUGUUUACGCGCGAUCUACAGACACGCAUGACAACGCUCGAGCUGUGUGCAGCAGAAAUUGCAUCGCAGCUGUAUGCACACGUUAA